AUGUGGAAAUCUAUCGGUGAAUUGAAUGAUUUGAUAUCUGGGUUAAAGUUAACAGAAAAGGCUAUUUUGUUGCGUUCUUCAAGUGAUGUUGGAAAAUUUCAGCUUUUUUGCCGCGCUCAAUUCUUACUGUACACCCCUGUUGAUGAACAUAUCGGCACUGUACCUUUGGAAGGGAUAACGAUUGUGGAUGCUGCGCUAAUAGAUGACGUGAAAUGGUUUUUUAAAGGAGUUGCUAAAUUUGCCGAAACUCUUGAAUACUUAUUGCCAAGUGUCGUGGAAAGUAAAACAUAUAAUCAAACAUUUGCCGAAACAACCCGUUCAACACUUCUAUUAGGUCUACGUCAUUUGCUCGUGGGAAUACGAGAGAUAUCGAUCACAUUUGCCGAAAAUUUCAAAACUGAACAUAUCAAGCAAUUACAGCAACUAAAACAUGCUACAGAACUCGUCAGAGGUACUUUGAACUCUAUAAGGCUCUGGUUUAGUCAUUUACGAAUAUUGAUGGCCCAUCUAUUUCAAUUAUACAACCAUUAUAUGCCUGAAGUAUUGCUAGGCAAGUGUGUAAACCACUAUCUGAGGACAGUAUAUCCGCAUAACUAUUUUUACGAAUACCCUGUUCUUCUACUAUUGGAUAUGUACAAUAGCAUUAUUUCCCAAGAAAAUGCUGAGCCGAAGGUUUCGCAAUUAAUCGAUAAUGCUGCCAAUAACAAUAACAAAGAACAAAACGAUGGCGACGCUGAUAAACAAGGUUAUUUAGAUGAUUCUCCACAUGGUACAAAUGAAAAAAAUUCAAAUACUGAGAGCCUAUUUAAUCUAAGUACAGUUAUAGACGUUGACAAGUAUCUAAUAAUUGAGCGAGCAGCUGACAAACAUUCUUUCAAAAUUUGUUUAAAACUAUAUACCGUUGAAACUGUGUCGCGUACGCUGAAGAAUUAUUUUCUAUACUAA